AUGUGCAAGUUUGGACUGGAGCUCUAUUCAUUUGGGAAGACUAUGGAUAGGUACCAGAGCUGGCAGCAGAGCUGUUGGAAUGCCAUCCUCCUCAUGCUGCUGUGGACUGGCAAUUCCCAGGCGCAGAGGGACUGCACGGGCGCGGAGUGCCAGCCCCUGGACAACUGCAUCGAGGAGGUGCUGGAGCCUGGCGAGUGCUGUGCCACGUGCCUGCAGCACGGCUGCACCUGCGAGGGCUACCAGUACUACGACUGCGUCAACGUGGGUUUCAUCAACGGCAAAGUCCCCGAGGGGCAGUCCUACUUUGUGGACUUUGGGAGCACGGAGUGCUCAUGCCCCAAGGGAGGAGGCAAGAUCAGCUGCCAGUUCAUGCUGUGCCCAGAGCUGCCCCCGAACUGCAUCGAUGCGGUGGUGCCAGCUGAUGGGUGUCCUCAGUGUGGGAGGAUAGGCUGCCUCCACGAGGGCCAGAAAUACGUGGCAGGGCACACUUUCCACAUGCCCCCCUGCAAGGUCUGCCACUGCCCCAACGCUGGUGGGGAGCUGAUGUGCUAUCAGCUUCCAGACUGUAACACGUUGGCCUUGAACACUGCCAGCCCACUUGAUGCCGAGGACAGCGAUCCGGAGAGGCACUACGACGACCCGUACAGCUACGACCAGGAGGCAUCUGAGGGAGACAACACCCAGGUGGAGUCUCCGAAGAAGUACAGGAGUUACUCAUCUCACCUAGAGCAAGAGAGCAUCAGCCAGGAGCAGGGUGAGGACUAUGACUACUUACCAGCCAGCAUUGCUCCUUCAGCUUUGGCUCCAGCUGAUCCGUACACUGAGGAAACGGCUGUGCCCCUCACCACACCAGUGCCCAAGGUCCCCUCUGAAGGUCACAGUAACACAGAAAGAAGUGAGCGAAGGAGGGUGCCCCGCACCACUGCAGCAUCCCUCCAGCAUGUGAUGCGUAAGGAGGCGCCAGUAACCACCAGUGCUCCUCCAGAGCACACCACAGCCACCACUGAGACACCCCAGCACCUGGAGGAAGUGGAGAAGAGGUCAAGAGGGAAGCAAGGGGACAAAGAAAGGCAUGAGCAAGAAAGACCCCCCCACUCUAAAAUGAAAAAGCAUGCUAGGAAACAAGACCCAGGGAACAGCAUGUAUCAGGGCUUGAGAGUGGUGAAUUUAACAGAGCCGAGCUGGGAAAAAUCUUCCCAUGAAACCCUUGAAGGAAAUGAUUUCCCCAAAGUGAAGUUCAGUGCCACAACCUCUCCUCCUGUUGCUCUGAAGGAGGACCGUAGUCAGUCCUCCCCAAAGCAGUCACAGACGCUCUAUCGUUACCAUCCCGAGGAAGAUGGGGACCCCAACUCUAUCCACGCCAACCCCAGGCAGCCAGAAGAUUUUCUGGGUGCUGUGUGGGGCCAGGCCCUCGCUGGUGGCUCUCUGGAGCAGCAGCACUCGGCCCCCAGGGAGGAUCAG